CAGAGGACGUUGCUCCGGACGUGCGGCUUUAAUUUAUCGGAAGGAUACCGUUAUCUGCUACAAUGUUUUGAGACUGAAGACGUUCCAGGAAUUAUUAUUUUUAUACUUUAUACAAUAAUGUAACGAAUAAUCGAGGAGCCGUGUGUUUAGAGUUUAGCCUUCCUGUUUUUCUUUUGUCCUAUGGUCAGACCUGCCGUUUUCCUGCUGUUAUAUAAAGUCCACAGAUACACGGGAUGUGGUACAGAAGUGAUUUAGAAGAUGGAUACGAAUCUAAUAAAACAGGCUCCAGUGGUGGUGGUUCUCCAGGAUGGGCUCCUGGCCAAGAAUCAGCCUGGCACAGCAACCCCCCUGGCCCUGAGAACAGUAUCUAUCGGGGGCGCCGACACAGCACGGUGUCGGACAGCGGUGACACUGGGAUUGGCACUUACUGCUCUGACAGCGUGGAAGAUGAUUCCAGUUCCAGUACCACGCCUUUGUCUUUCCAGCCGGUGUCCCAGCAUCACAUGGGCCAGGACAGUGCCGCCCCCUUUGUCCAUGUCAUGCUGUCCCCGUCCUCCUCACCCUACACCAGCUUCAGAAUGCCAGCCUCACCCAGCAGCACAGGUCACUGGAGCAGGUCCUGCCAGCUGCUUACACCAGCCGUGUCUCCCCUGGGUGCACCAAGCUGUCUGAACACGAAGGACCAGCAGCCCAUCCGCAGGUGGUCUUCUCUCACAAAGUUGUCAUCUGGACCUGAUAAGAGCUCCAGUAGGACAUCAGGAGAUCAUUACAACCCAGAUUCACAAGGCUCCCUGGACAGAAACCUGCUUUAUGGGUACAGAAAGGAACCCCUCGGUUCAAACGUGGACCUUUAUUUACCUUUAUCUUCCUCCUUGCUCUGCCACAGCUUGCUGCAGCGCUCACCAGGUGCUGGCCCCUGCUACCGACACAACCACAGCAGUAGGAGCAGUAGUUUGGAAACUGAUCGGUCCCUGUCCUCAGCUCUGUCCUCAUCGGUAAAACACAACAGUUUGGACAUGAACUAUAGUGCUUUACCAGAAGUUAAACUGGCCCGUGGAGGUGCACAGGUUUAUGGCCUCAGCUUACCCAAACCAGCAGACUCAGCAUUAGGUCAUCAGACCGAUAGAGACUCCCCGAUCCAGCCUGCAGUCCGCACCCAGAUGUGGCUGACUGAGCAGAUGGAGUACAGGCCCAAAGUAGAGGGUGGUGGAGGUCAAACCAGUGGCACUGGAACAGAGGGCUGUGGAGCAGAUGGGCCGCUGUUAUGUCAGCAGGAACAAGGGCUUAACCAGAUGCUGAUGGGGUCCUCUCUACCUGUCAACGCUCUAGUGAAGGUGAAGGAGGGGCUGCUGAGACAGAGAGAGCUGGAGAUAGAUAGACAAAAGCAGCAGAUAUUACAGCUCCAUGCCCGGAUCAGAGAGAACGAGCUCAGAGCUCAGCAGGUCCUGCAGAGUCAGAGAGGCUGGUUUGACGAACCCUACAUUCAGAAUACGAAGGAAUCAGCAAUAAGAAUGCCAUGCAGACAGCCAUCUGAGAGGCUGUGCUGUGAUGAAGAUCUUGGUAGAAAGCUAGCAGUGGCUGAACUGGAAGUACUCCAUUUGAACGAGUUCUUCAAGCAAGUCACACACAAAUAUACAGAGGACAUCAGGAAACUGGAGGAAAAGAUCAGGACAAGGGAUCGCUACAUCACUAGUUUGAAAAAGAAGUGUCAGCGUGAAAGCGAACAGAACCACGAGAAACAGCAACGCAUAGAGACCCUGGAGAAAUACCUGUCUGACCUGCCAACACUGGAGGAGGUGCAGGCCCAGGCCCAGCAGCAGGAGGAGGUUCAGCAGAAAGCCAAGGAUCUGGAGAAAACAGCGUCUCGAUUACAAAAGAGCCUAGAAGAAGGAUAUGCUCUGAUGAAGGAGAAAGACAUGAGGAUUGAGAUGCAAACCAUGAGGGAGAAGGAGCUGAUUGCAUCUGUGCAGAGGGCGCUUGACUUUGCAAGUGCAGACUGGCUCCCCCUCAAAAACGUCAAUAUAAGCCUGCAGCAGAAAGUGCAGCACUGUUUGGACGAUGGGGUGAGGCAGCCCAUGCAGGACCUGAAGCGGCUCGAGGUGGAAAACAUCCAGCUUCUGGAGCAACAAGACCACAGCAGCAGGCUGAUUGAGCAUCAUAAAGAACGGAUUGAGAGACUGACCUUGCAGCUAACGGCUGCCAGUACGAGACUACAAAAGAAAGGAGGCCUUUCUCAUCUCAUGUCAUCUCACACACAGCAGCAGGUGGAUGAAGGGCAGUUGGUCCGUGUGGAGAUGCCUGAAGUGGGCCGGUUGCUUAAAGAGAUGUCCCUGUGUCUGCUAGACCUCCAAGCUCUGUGUAGCAUCCUGGCUCAGAGAGCACAGGGGAAAGAGCCCAACCUUUCUCUGCUUCUUGGCAUGAAAUCAUUGAGUGUGUCGGCGGAGGAGACUGACUGCAGAGUGGUGGUGGUGGAAGAAGAACUGAGGUUCAAGCUGCUGGAGGUCAGCCAGCUCAGGAGAGACAUUGAUGAGCUGAGGAAAAGCAUCUCAGAGCGCUACACUCAGUAUCUGGGUGAAGGCUGCGUCUCCCACUGACACCCAGUACCCGCCAGCACUGACGACAGCGCUCUAAUCCAGUGUGUGUAUUAACUCUUUUACUUCCAUAUACUUCAGAUAUAAAACAUACAUAACUAUAUUAAUAACAGGAAUUCAAAAAGUCCAUAACAAUGUAGGCUUUCCCCAGACAAGCAUUUUUCGUCCCCUUGAUGGUUGGGGUUAGUACAUGAUGACGGAUGUAGACCAGUCAUGUUGUUUAGCCAAGUCACUACCAAUACAGAGUGGUUGGCCUUUACAUGUGUUGGAGUGUGCACAAGAGCUCACCUAAAGGGACCACAGGCCGACACCAGAGGGCUGGACCAUGACACAGGGCUCCUCUGCCGUAGCUGCAACAAAGACUGAAGAUCAGAGAUCACAGCAUCAUGGUUGAACCAUUCUUUCUUCCUCAGGCUUUUUGCAUGUUGCCAUUAAAGGGGGCGUUUGGAGCCUCAUUUGACUCUGCAAAAAGCAAAAACACUUUUGCUGCAAAAUGAGAGAGAAAUGCUGAAAAAACACCAAUUGAGUAAUAAGUCAUUGAGUAGUAGGUGCUUGUUGCACUCUCAGUGCCUACUGUAAAUUGCUGCACAUUCUGCAGCUCUUAAACUUUAAACUUAAUGCAGCAGAUAUACACUACAGGCCAAAAGUUUGGAAGCAAGAUCAAAUUUGUACAAAAAAAGAUCAUAGUUUCAUUGCUAUACUUUGCAACAAAAUAAAAGUGAUUAUUAUAUAAAGAGUCACUUAUUAGAACACAUUUUUACUGUAAUUAUCAGGUCUUCGGGUUUUUGUUGCUUAGACUUUGUGUAUCCUUCUUUCCUUAAUGUAUAAAUCUUUACUUUUGUUUCUUUACUCAGCUGCUUCAUUCUAGCCAUUUCUGUGGUAGUUUGUCAGAGAUAUGAACACAGUUGAGAUUUAUUGGAUUUUUCGUAUCCAAACUCUCAAAAGCCAAGAGCUAAAGCGAAUUUUGCAAGCUGUGAUUUGUUUUUUUACUUUUGCACUGAAGUUGUGACUCUUCCAAAUCUUUUCAACCCUAAAACUAAGCCCUUUUUUUCCUUUGUUAACAUUUAUUCAGCAAUGGUCUGGUAACAUCAACGUAUACCUAAAGGCUAAUUUAGGGAAAUGGUUCAAUUCCAUAAAGGUAAAGUAUGAUCAUGCAGUAAACACAUCCAAAAAUCCAUACUGGUUUAGAAAAUUUAAGUUACUUCCAAACUUUUGGCCUGUAGUGUAAAUGUUAUUAUCAAGAAUUGCUAUUAGGUUUGGGACUAUUACAUGAUGAAGGAUAAAUGGAAAUUAUUUUAGUUUUUGGUCAAAUCAAAGUGAAAUUAUCUCUACUAAUUGAAGAUUAUCUGGGGGAAAAUAACAAUAUCCAUUUUUUAAUUAGUAUUCUAUUAACUGUAAAAUACCAGCAGUGUAAAAGCUGACCAUCAAAACAUUAUAGAUUGACUAUUGACGAGAGUGAGACGCUUUUUGAGGCUUUUCAGCCGAUUCCAAGACAAAACUCUGAACAAAAGCUGGUCCUGACCAGGUUAGCUCUGCAGCAUAAGUUACCAUGGUGAUCUAGCCAGUUAAAAAGAGAGCCACCUUGGUGACAGAGGAAACCCAGACUUUAGACUCAACAUAUCUUGCCUCGUGGUACAGCCCUCGGUUUUCUGUAUCACACCAGUUGACAACAACUUUCACGAUAUACUAACUUGUAACUCCAGGAACAAAUUAGGCCAGUCUUUGAUCCUGUGCUAUGAUUAUGAAGUGAGAGCUUAAUUUAUUGCUGAGUAUCCAAACAUUAUUAUCUCCUCACUGCUCAUUAACAAUGUCAUGUCAAAGGUGCUGCUCCUAUGGAAGAACUCACAGAUACUGAACUGUAACUGUGUAGUUCCCACAGCUUUAUGGAGCCUUUGUUUGCCGGCCCAUUUGCUAUAACAACUUUAUAAAGUGAUAUGUCAAUGUUGUAUUUACAGCUCGUUGGACUGCCCUCAAGUGGCCCAAAAGUGUAAUAAUUAAAAAAUGUUUUAUAAAUAGCACAAGCUGCAUUGCUUGUCUGUUAGCCUAAAUAAGCAGAGAAACCCUUUGCACAUUCAGGGAUAUGCAGAGUGAUUUGGACUGAUAUGUAAAUAAAUAUGAAACGUUAAAGGGAAAACUUUAUAUACACAUCUUCAAACUGAAUAUUCAUAUUCAAAACUCCAACCUCAGCUAUGUGGAUGUCAUGCUCUUCUCCUGCUCCUGGAUACCGAAUGCAUAUCAGACUGCUAGACAGUAGAUCACUUUGAGAAACUCUCUAAAUGUCUUCAUAAGCAAUACGAACUGUGCAGAUUUGUUGUUAAUCACCUGGUGAAAGUCAAUCAUAUAACUUUUAAAUAAGUAUUAUAGUAAUUGACUAAUGACUCACCAGGUGAUCCUCAGCUGUUUGUCACACAAAAUCAUAAAACAAACCAGGAGCUGGUUAUUUGGACUGGCAACACAUUUAUUUAGCAUCAUUUCAUGUAUAAUUUGUCAUUUGGCUCUUGCAUUGCUCUUGCAUUAAAUGCAGUUACCCUGGCUCAAACCUGCAGCCAGAGAGGCUGAAGGGCAAACUGAAACAGCACAUGCACUUUUUAUUAAGAGUUUGUUGUCUGUGCAACCAGGCAGGUUUAGGGAAUUCAUUAAUUCCACUAUUAAGCUUUAUUUAUCAAACAAACAAUUUAACAUUUUUAUAUGUAUGAUUUAAUAGGUUUGUUACAUUUAAGUACUCUAAACAUGCAAAAGAAUGCAUGAAUGGUUGUCAUAUUUGGUGUGGAUGUUAUUCACAACUCUCUGUAUGAGAAAUUAAUCUUUGUUUUACUUUUAAAAUUGAUGAAUGCCAAAGGUAUAUUUAAAUAUAGUGAUGCUCCUAACUGGUAUUUUUGUUUGUUUGUUUGCUUGUUUUUUGCAAUAUGAAAGUUUGAUCUUGUUUGUUCAGAUGGCAAAUAAAAUUAUUUUUCUAAAUAA